ACGUUGGAAAAAACAUGAAACUUCAUGCGGUUAUUAAAUUGGAGCUUCUGCCGAACUGACAAAUUAUCCUAAUACAGUUUUCUAGUACGAAUGUGUGCACAUAAAUCACAUUUAACUGACUGUUAGAUUUUAACAGAUAGGGUGCCCACAUUUUGGUCCCUUGUAUCGAAUUUCGAUAGCUCGCCGCCGCUUUGGCAAUUCAUUCUGCCAGCCGCAUUCAUUUGUUUACAUAUUUUGUGAAUAAAACAUCCAACUAUAAAUUAUUAUUUAACAUGGAGGAGUGCGUAAUGGAGAGCGGCUCACCCACUGAAACCAACACAGAACUUAACUUUAACAUGGAGGAUGAGAAAAUGCAAUUGCAUGAACACCGCGCUUCAGCUGCUGUAAGCGUUGGAGUUGCCGCAGAAGGCGGGGACAGGCAGACGACAGCCGGCGUUUGUUAUUGUGGUAAGGAACGCAACCUGAAUGUAAUCGAGCUGCUAUGUGCAACAUGCUCGCGUUGGAUUCAUGAGACCUGCAUUUCCUAUCAGUUGGGCAAGGGCAAGCUAUUGCCAUUCAUCACAAAUUACAUAUUUGUGUGCAAAAAUUGUUCGGCCACAGGUCUGGAAAGCUUUCGCAAAAGCCAAGCGACAAUAUCUCAGAUGUGUCAAUGUGCCAUUGCGAACAUGCAGCAGGCGGCUUUUCGCGAGGGCAGGACUCAAAUACAGUUCAACAAAGAUAAAGAAAUUAUACCCUAUAUUGAACAAUUCUGGGAAGCCAUGACAACGAUGCCGCGUCGUCUUACCCAAUCUUGGUACUCGACUGUGCAGCGCUCUCUUGUUAAAGAUAUUAACACGUUGUUUGUCUACGAAGAGCACGUUGAGCUGGGUGCUAUGUAUGGGUUGUUUCAUCAGGAUUUGCGUCUUAUUAAACCGAACUAUGAGGUUAUGAGCAAAACUGGUGCCCUGCGCCUCACGGAAGAUGGUUAUAUACAGGCUACGCUCGCUAAGAAUAACAGACAAAAGCGGAAAUUUCCUGGGACUGAUGCGGGUCCAACGGGCAAGAAGGGACGCCCUAGCUCGGAUAUUACAGCCAAUGUAAAACUACCUCCUCACGGCUAUCCGCUCGAGCAUCCCUUCAAUAAGGACGGUUAUCGCUACAUACUUGCCGAGCCGGAUCCGCAUGCGCCAUUCCGCCAGGAAUUUGAUGAGAGUUCGGACUGGGCCGGCAAGCCCAUACCUGGUUGGCUAUAUCGCACGCUAGUGCCGCAUUCUGUGCUGCUGGCACUGCACGAUCGAGCACCCCAACUGAAGAUUAGCGAAGAUCGUCUAGCCGUAACUGGAGAGCGAGGUUACUCUCAAGUUCGCGCGACCCACUCUGUGAACCGUGGCUGCUGGUACUAUGAGAUCACCAUUGAGGAGAUGCCUGAGGGUGCAGCCACUCGAGUUGGCUGGGGACGAGAGUAUGGCAAUUUACAGGCACCGCUAGGUUAUGACAAGUUCGGCUAUUCCUGGAGGUCGCGAAAGGGCACAAAGUUUACUGAGAGCCACGGCAAGCACUACAGUGAGGCGUACGGAGAGGGCGACACGCUCGGCUUGUUAAUUGACCUGCCCGAGUUGCCAGCGAUGGACUAUCUGCCCAACACAUUCAAGGAUCGCCCUCUGGUAAAAUUUAAAUCACAUUUGUACUACGAAGACAAGGACAAAAUUACUGAGACCCUGAAGAAUCUUCACAUCCUGCAGUCCAGUCGAAUCGAGUUCUUCAAGAAUGGCCAGUCGCAAGGAGUUGCGUUUGAAGACAUUUAUAUGGGCAGCUAUUAUCCGGCUAUUUCGAUACACAAGAGCGCUACAGUCAGCGUGAACUUUGGCCCCGCCUUCAAGUAUCCAGAGGUGCUGGCUGAACGCAAAGCAAAAGGCAUGAAUGAUCGGGUGGAGGAGCUAAUCACAGAACAAUGCCUAGCAGAUACGCUAUACCUGACGGAAAACGAUGGGCGACUGCGUCUAGACAAUAUGAGUCUGUAAAUUUGAUGAGCUCUUAUGUGUCGACAAAUGUUGAAGCGCUACAGAUGUAAAAAUAUACAAAAGGCGUCAUACUAAUUAAGUAGUAUUUGGAGAUUGGAGAUUCUCUAAAUGAACAAAAUAUAAUAAAUCGAGAACAUUUGAUACAUCAACUAAGCUAUAUUAGUAGAUUGAUCAAAAUGAACUAUUACUAAGCAAUUUUUAUAAUAAACUGUAUAUUAAUGAA